AUGAGCUCCCAAUCAACAACUAUCAUCUUUGUGCCUGGCGCCUGGCAUAGCCCAGACUGUUUCGAUCCUGUUAUUGAACGGCUGAACAAGUCUGGUUAUAUAACAGACAAGGUUCAUCUGCCCACCGUUGGACCGGAAAAACAUUUCCUUGACUUCACACCAGAUGUGACUGAAAUCCGGCGCCAUAUUCUCCAUGCAGUCGACGCCGGCCAGAAAGUGGUCGUAGUCGUUCACUCCUAUGGCGGAAUACCUGCAAACGAAGCGAUUGAAGGACUCGAUUACUCUAGCCGCCAGAAGCAGAAUCAGAAAGGAGGCGUUGUUCAUCUCUUCUUCUGCUGUUCCUUUGUGAUUCCUGAAGGACAAUCACUAAUCAGCGCAUUUGGUGGAAAUGAUCUCCCCUGGUUUGAGGUCGCCAAUGACCGUCUUUCGGUUACUCCUGCCACGCCCGUGGAAACAUUCUAUAAUGACAUGUCGGAUGAAGACGCCCAGAAGGCUGUGUCUCAGAUAAAACCCCAUAGCUACCAAUCCUUUCAUAGUAAGUGUACAUAUGCAGCUUGGAAAGUUGUGCCGAGUACGUAUCUAUACUGUCUGAAAGAUGCGGCAAUUCCCAUUGCUAUUCAGAAAGCGAUGGUUGAGCAGACGGCAGGGGGGUAUGGGAUACAUACUGAGACAGUCGAUGCGUCUCACAGUCCGUUCUUCACCGUACCUGAUGAAGUGGCGGAAGCAAUUCGGAAGGCUGCUAGGAAAUAA